AUUCAUCAGCAGCCUCAUGCUUCAUUCAACCGUCAGCGCCACUUGUUCGGUUUUCUGGUUGGGCGGGUUGCGAAUCUUCGGUUUUCUGGUUGGGCGGCACUGGUUUGUCGCGGCGCCGUUACAACUUUGGGGAGCUACAGAAGCGAGAAGUCGUUAUUGACGCUCAUUGGGGGAAUUGGUGUCUGGAUCAAACUCUAGCCGCGUGGACACGGCACACAAUUGUGGUGUUUUCCUUUCGAUCUUGCUGUAGGGUGUCGAGCUCGGCUGAAGCGCAGCAGCUCUUGGGAAGAACCCUCCGCCGCAGAAAACAGGGAUGGAGGAUCAGCUGGGGACCAGCGACAAUGAUGCUUCCACAGCGAAACGGUUCAGAAGGAUAUGCGUGUUCUGCGGCAGCAGCAGCGGUAGAAAAGAUGUCUUUACCAACGAAGCGCUUAGUCUGGGCCGAGAAUUGGUGAAGCGGGAGAUUGACUUGGUAUACGGCGGUGGAAGUAUAGGUCUCAUGGGCCAAGUGGCGCAGACAGUCGAUUCUGGUGGGGGGAAUGUUGUGGGCGUGAUUCCCAAAGCACUCCUUGGCAAAGAGAUUACGGGCAGUACAGUGGGAGAGCUGAUCGUAGUGGGGGACAUGCACCAAAGGAAAGCUGAAAUGGCGCGUCAAGCAGAUGCUUUCAUCGCACUUCCGGGUGGUUAUGGAACUUUAGAAGAGCUUGUGGAAGUGAUCACUUGGAACCAGCUCGGCAUUCAUCUGAAGCCGGUGGGGCUUCUGAAUGUGGAUGGGUUCUACGACACGUUGCUGACAUUCUUCGACAAACAGCUGGAAGAGGAGUUCUUCGACAAUUCCGCACGCAACAUCGUCAUGUCCGCGAACACUUCGAGUGAGCUACUUGAUAAGCUGGAGGCGUACACACCUGCUUUCGUUGCGGGGCCGGAGUUAUGCUGGGAGACGGACCGGCGUGUACCCUUCGGUUACAACGCUGGCCCCAAGGCUGGACGCAGCAAGUAAAACCUUAUGGAUCGUUCGAUUAUGAUCGGCACAAGCUUUACUUGUUACAGAUGCAUUAUUGCAGGAGGACGAUUCUAGAAACACAUCAUAAGCCUCACAAGGACUACGUAGAGGUACGCCUAAAUCUUCAGGCCUUCUCUGCUAUCACUCUUGAGCUCUCUGGUAAAAUUGGACCUUCAAGUGCAUUCGCAACUCGCGGUGUCGACAGCCCCAUGCUCAGUUUUUGUGCUGACCAGUCACUUAUGUCUAGCCAAGACAAGCGAAGUCUAGCAGCUUGGUUAAGAGUACAUGAUUUAUGAAGAGGCGCCAGAUUAGCUUAUUUUUUCAGAAAACGAUUGCCGUCGUUGUUUUUGUAUGACAUCGUAUCGAUCCUAAUCCCCGAAGCAUGGUUUGAUAGAAUAAAUUUGAACUACAGCGUCUAUGUUCAAUGCAACAGUUUGAAUUACAGUUCAAAUUCUGUUGAAAUAAAUUGUUGUUUCAUUUUCACAGAAA